AUGCCAGAUCAAGAAGCGUCACAAGGGUCUCGAAAUGGUCCCACUCAUACGCCAGAUCAAUCCCCCCUUCACUCUCCAAGACGAUCCCCCAUUCGCUCUCUUACACGCUCUCCCACACGCUCUCCCACUUCUCAGCCUUGGCCUCGACCUGGCAAUCAUAAAGGACGAGCUCAAACUGGUGGUAAAACCAUCAAAUCUAGUCGAGCGAAAAAGCCUCUACUUGGCCGAAAGUCUACACCAAAAAGGGGUAUCAAAAACCCCAAGAUACCCAUAUUUAAGCACAAGCCGAGGAGAAUAUUAACCAGUGGAAAGAGAGUUCGUGAUUUGAAACUUUUAUCGAGAGAGAUAAAGUUUUAUACAAGCACUUGGGCGAACGUCAUACCUCGAGCACCGUUUGCGAGACUUGUACGACAGGUCGCUCAAUCGAUCAAAAAUGAUCUUCGAUUCCAAUCAUCGGCAGUCGAAGCGCUGCAAGAAGCUGCGGAGAUGAUGUUAGCGAUUCGUUUUGAUAUUCUGCAGGAUAUGGCCCGCCACGCCCACCGAACCACUAUCAUGGGAAGGGACGCAGGAUUGUUACAGCGAACAUUAAAAAAGGCUGUAGGCAUUGACGAUAUUGGUCUUACACCGACAUCAGAAGGGUUUCGUGGCUACAAAGCCUAA